AUAAUGUCACUCACUACUGCGCUGCUAUUGUCGCAACUAGCUAAUAAUCCACUCCAAUCCCUUCUACUGACAUUCAUUCUUGUCCCUGUCCUAUACGUCAUCGGCAAUGAAUAUGUUCGAUAUUCGCGACGCAUAAAGGGUUUUUCUGGACCUACAAACUGGCCGUUGGUGGGCAACAUCCCGGAUAUCAAAUACAACGCUGCGGAAAAGUAUCGGGAAUGGAGCAAGGUUUUUGGGCCUGUGUACCAGAUACAGCUUGGCAACGAACCGGUGAUUGUGGUGAAUGGCGCAGACGCUGCGAAGAAGAUAUUUGGUGGGAAUAGUCAAGCACUAAGCUCAAGGCCGGUAUUCUGGACUUUCCACAAGGUGCUCUCAAACACUGCGGGUACGACCAUUGGAACAUCGCCAUUCAACGAUUCUCUCAAGCGUCGGAGAAAGGGUGCUGCUUCUGCACUGAAUAAGCCUUCGAUUGCGACAUACGUGAAUUAUCUCGACCUCGAGACGAAAGAGUUUAUCAAAGAUGGUUUCGAAUCAGGCAAUGCUGGCACAGUUGGGGUGGAUCCAAUGCCUAUGAUUGAACGGCUUUCUCUGUCGCUGGCAUUGACGCUAAACUGGGGAACACGGAUGAGCAGUCGACAUGACCCCAUGUUCCAUGAGAUUUGUGAAGUCGAGGCUGCGGUAUCAAAGUUUCGAAGCACCACUGGCAACCUGCAAGACUACAUUCCCAUACUGCGGUUGAACCCCUUCAGCUUGGGCACCAAGUCGGCGAAAGAGUAUCGUAGUCGCAGAGAUGUGUACUUGACCAAGCUGAACCGCGAUCUGGACCAACGCAUGGAGAAGGGCACCCACAAGCCGUGCAUCCAAGCGAAUAUCAUCCAGGACAAAGAAGCCGCUCUGAACAAGGAGGAAUUGACAUCGAUUAGUCUGACAAUGCUGUCGGGAGGACUGGAUACGAUCACGACAUUGGUUCAGUGGAGUGUCGCUUUGCUAGCCCAAAGACCAGACAUCCAAGAAAAGGCCAUCAAGGAGAUCCGGAAGUUCUACUCGGCGGACGAGCCCCUGGCUGAUGCGCAUGACGAUCAAAAGUGUGGAUACAUUGUCGCACUGGUUCGAGAGUGUUUGCGAUACUAUACAGUCUUGCGACUGGCGCUUCCGCGGGCCACCGUAAAGGACAUAAGAUAUGAGGGCAAGUUGAUUCCGGCGGGCAGCACCAUAUAUCUGAAUGCAUGGGCGUGCAACAUGGACCCAGAAGUGUGGAGUGAUCCAGACGAGUUCCGCCCAGAGCGCUGGCUCGAACAGCCCGAUGCGCCGCUGCAUACAUAUGGCCUGGGCUACAGGAUGUGUGCCGGGUCGCUACUGGCCAAUCGAGAACUGUACCUGGUAUUCCUAAGGAUGCUGAACAGCUUCGAGCUUGUCCAGGAUUCGGACGUGGACGUGCAUCCUGUCCGAGGCAGCGCAGACCCUACCAGCCUGGUGACAAUGUGCCGACACUACCAGGUGAUUUUCAAGCCACGCAACGUGCAGGCGCUGCGUGAGGCGUUGAAGGCAGCAGAUGAGCGGUUGGCGGAUUACGCCAAGGUGUAGUUGGGGGAUUGGCGAUGUUGUAGUAGUCGUGGUGGUGGUGGUAGUGUUUGGGUGGCUACAGAUUGAUGUGAAAGAGCGGAGGGAU